AUGUCAGUCAAUUCACUGUCAAACUUUUGUACUCUUCCCUCGGAAAAGCCUCAUUUGUUUUUCAAUGCUGACCCUGAAGCACGUUCUGAAGCUUUGAAAGCGACGAAACAAUUGUAUGAAUUAGGAGGCAAAAUAUCAUCAAUAAUCAAUUCUCGUCAAAAUGUUCCAUCAUUUGAUAUCUUAUUACUGGAUGGAUUCGACAACGAGCAAAUAUGGCAACAGAUUAAUAUGAAAAAUCGGCCAUUUUUUGAACUUUUUGACCAAAAAUAUAACGAGUUGUGUAAUGUGAUCACGGGAUCUGGUCAAAGUGCAAAUGAAAAGUCUGUGAAUUUGAAUGAAGAUAGUGAUGAUAGUGAUCCGGAUAAGUUAGAUGCUGAUGAUAGUGACUUGAAUGCUAAUGAUAUUACGUAUUAUGAAUUUUUCAACCCACCUAAAAGAAAAUCAAAGUCUAUUACUAAACCUACUUCUAAGGAAACUAAAUACAACCGAGACACCGAUUCAGAACAAGAUUCACCAAAUUUUGAUAAAAGUGACAAUGUUUACUUUAAUAAUCAAGGAGAAAAAAGUUCCACUAAAAAUCUAGCUGCGAAAUUGGGUGAUUUAUUUGCACCAGGCAAAAAUGAGGAUGAAGAAGAACAGACAGAAACGAAGUCGUCCUUUCAGAAACAACAAGAGAAGAUGCAAAAACAGAUUGAAAAUCUUGAGCUUGGAAAUAUUGCGGAAAAGGAUUGGACACUCGUAGGCGAGGCAUCUAGUAAAGAUCGGCCAUUGAAUAGCUUGCUCGAGGAAGAUUUGGAAUUUGAUCAUGCUGUCAAGCCAAUUCCAGUUAUCACCGAAGUAGUUACCGAAAAAUUGGAAGACUUAAUAAAGCAAAGAAUAUUGGAUGGAACCUUCGAUGAUGUAGAACGUAAAACCGUCUUCACGAUGCGUCCAUUCCUUCCAUCAAGUCUAAUAGAACUAGACCAUGAAAAAUCCAAAAAAUCCCUAGCAGAAAUCUAUGAAGGCGAGUACGUAAAACAGACAAACCCCGAUGAAUACGUCAACGAAAAAGACGAAAAACUGAAAUUAGAGCAUCAAGAGAUUGAGAAUAUGUUUAGAACGUUGUGUCAUAAAUUGGAUGCGUUGAGUAACUUUCAUUAUACACCUAAAAUGCCUAAACCGGAAAUUAAUGUCAUUUCCAAUGUGCCUGCUAUCACUAUGGAAGAAGUCAUUCCGGUGAAUGUGAACGACGCGUCUUUAUUAGCACCAGAAGAAGUUUUUGAGAAGAAAAAGGGCGAAGUUAAAGGAGAAACUGAACUAGACUCUGCCGAGAAAAAACGGAUACGUGCUUCUAAAAAACGAGCAAGAAAGAAUGCAAAUAAAAAGCGAGAGAAUGAGGCCAAACAAAAGAUGAACCCUAGCAGUAAAAAGACCAACUUCAAUGAUAACAACAAACAGAAAAUGUUGAAUGUGUUGAUGGGACAACAGAAUGUAUCCUUGAUAGAGAAGGACGGUACAAAACGAUCCUUAAAGAAAAAUAAGAAAGAGGCCAGUGAUGUAAAUAUAAGCGGGUCAAAUCUGAAGUUAUGA